AUGACCUCUUCUGCGCCCAACUUGCGAUGCUCGUCGUGCAAGCGACCUUGGCAGCAGUCCUUGUAUAAAACGUGCGAAGCCUGUCGCCAGAAGAGCCGCCGCCACUGGCGCCGUCAUCGCCCGCUAGCGACUGCUGAUACGCCAAGCCCUCCUUCUACACAAUCUGUGCUACCCUACACAGAUCUCCCCUCGUCUUCUCCGCGUACUUUCUGCUCUCAAUGCUGUCGACCGUGGCAGUCUGCACGGUAUAAGACGUGUGAUAACUGUCGCCAGAAGGCGCUGCCACAUAAAUCCCGUAGUCGGGUGCUCCCCACCACCGAGAACCAAGGAGUCUCUAUAGAGCCCGUUGAUAACGUGAGAGACGGCUUUCCUGGACGCAUUUUACCAGCUUCGACUGCGACACGCCGCCUUGCACCGCUUCUUCAGCACCAUGCUAAACGGCAAAAGAUCAUAGACGCACAGCCACGCAAUGUCGAUGACUCUUUAGACAAGGCACUCGGCUUUCUGCGUAAUGAGCAUGAGCGUCAUGCAACUGCUUCUCAGUCCUUCCCCCCGGAGAUAACGUCCACUGACAUACGGAGGUCCGUUUCCAGAUACGAGGAAGCCACUUCAACCGCCUCCAAAAUAUCGGUGUGUAGCUCUUGCGGUAAGGUUGUUCCUGAAGCUAAAAUUUUCCCCGUUGAUGACGGGGAUCCUUUGCUCUUACCUCUAGGUGGUGCUCUCGAUCGCUGUGGCCAGCAUGGAAGCACCUGGGACGUAUGUUCGUCGUGUCACGCAGCCCUUAUUCGUGGGGCCACCCCUAAGUUCUCGGCAAAGAACCUCGUCAACGUGACUCUUUGCCAGGAAUACCCAUCUGCAUUGGCCGAGCUCACCCUGGUUGAAGAGUGCGUCAUUGCAAGAUGCCACCCUCUAGGAGUCAUUGUGAAAUUACGUCCAGGCGGCCGCCGAUCUUCGAUCAGCCAUCGUGCGCUACGAGGUCAUUUUAUUGUCAUUCCACAGGACCCAGGUCCGCUUCUUCAAAUUUUACCAAGUCCGAGUUUGAGAUUGGAUAGCCUGAUCAAGGUUUUCUGGUUAGGGGAUCGACCACCAACGGAUGCGGACCUAAGUCCGUUUUUGAUUAUUCGCAGAGUCAAAGUUCUCGCCACGUUACAAUAUCUCGUUCGAAACAAUCAUCUAUAUCGGGAAUUAUUCAUUAAUCACUCGAUGAUAGACAACUGGAGCGAUGAGUUCAUUCCUUUGGAGCUGCGGGAUAAUAUUAUCCGUCUCGACGAGCCGGACCAUCACGAACGUGAAGGGUACACGGUUAGCCUAGCACAGGGUAACUACGAGAAUGAUCUCCAAGCAGCACAAAAUGAAAGUUUCCACUCCAACGACUGUGGUCUCUUCCUGACUGGUUCCGUUUCCACUGAUAUCAAUGGAGAACGCCAGAACCCUGACACACGCAUGUUGCACACCUUACUCGAUGUGGUCGGCGGCAGAUCCUGUACAUCCGAACAAGAUUUAGAAAGAACGGAUCCUGCACUGGCAUGCCCUAGAGCGGGCCAAAGAAUUCCAGUAAUUUCUUAUACGACUCGUGGCCAAGUUGCAUUGAUGGAUCAUUGGGGGUCGGAGGCCAUCUAG